AUGGGAAAGAGUGCAAAGUUCUAUCGACGACCAACUAAGAAGGAAAAGGAGGGCCUUGCUCUUAAGAAAGUAGCUGAUCCUGCUGCAAGUGUUGCCAAACGAACCACUCCCACAAAGAAGAAGACUCUUGUCGAGGCAGCCAUGGACAUUGACGUGCCUGUGAAAAAGACCACUACAAACCCAACAAAGCCCGAAGAAAAAGAGAAGCCUGAUUAUGUUGAUCUUUUGUCAGGCAAGAAGACCUACAAAAAGAAAGCAAAGCAAAGCAAAAUGAAAUAA